AACCCAUUUACGACCCGUUCGUGCUCCCACGAGUCUGACUCCGCCCGACGCCAUUCCUGAUUCCUCCCUCUUCCGCCGCCGCGCCGCCGGAGACAUGUCGAGGCUCGCGGCCGCCGCCCUCCGCCGCAGCGUCGUCGCAUCGAGGGAUCCCUUCUCCUCGCUCUUGGCCGCUACCGCGCCGGCGUCCGCUCGGCUCUUCUCCGCGGAUGCAUCCGGCGAAGUCGCUGCCUCGGCCGCGGACUCGCAGAACGACCCUUUCCUCAAGUCAUCCAGCGAAGGAUUGGCCUAUGGAAGGUUCUACAGUAACAUUGGCGGGGGAAACCGUAUUGAAAAGAACAUGUUGAAAACUGACAUUCUCCAUCACCUCGACAGAUGUGGAUUGUCAUUGGAUGAUGUGAAGAUUGAUUACAACAGGGGAUUUACUCCUUUGGGCGCUUUAUUGAGGUUUCCUUCAAAGGCAGCGUUUACCACAGCAAUUAGGCAAACAAGUCAGAUUCGUCUGUACAAGAUGGACAUGAUAAGUCGUGAUGUGUGGGAUCUCAAACAGUCUUUUGAUGGAAAAGCUGUACUUUUGCAAGGAGUUCCACGGAAUGCCCUGCCAGAGGACAUAGAACGCUUUUUGUGUGGCACUAACUUUGAACCUCCGCCAUUUGAAAGCUUUCUCAGACCUGGUGUCCCAGAGCCCAUAAAAAUGGUGCUGGUUAAAUUCCGUACAAAGACCGAUGCGAUGAAUGCCUUCAUUACCAAAAACAAGAGUUUCUGUCUGAACAAUCAAGUUAGCAUGCGUGUUCUUCAGUAACCAAGUAGCCUUUCAAAUCAUGUGAUAUUUGGGUUAACUCUUUCAUCGCAACUUUUAGAUCCUUUGAUAUGGGGUCAGUCCACAAACAUCGCAUUGUGUGGUUCUGUAGCUUCGAUUCAACUUGCAAGCCUGCUUUAGGAUUAUUUCCCCCUUGUUGCGAGGUUUUAAUUGUACUGUUUCACAUGUUUCAUAUGUACCCAGGAGACUAUUCAGCUAUUCCUGAUUAUUGUAAAAUAAAUUAACAGCAUGCCUCCUAAAGUUAGAAUCUACCUUGUUCAA